AUGCCGGGCCUGAGAAAGGGAAAGGCCAGGGAGUGGGGAGCCAGGGCUUCCCGGAGAGCGCAGAGGCGACCGUCGGCAGAGGUUCCAGGUCAACUUGUGCCUGCAGCUUUGCUUUUCGCACUCAUUUCCCUCACCCCGGCCCUGCCUGCUUGCCUGCUUCGCAAACUGUUGGCUUCCCCGUCACCACUCAGUUUUGCUAAUUUUCCAGAGACGCCUUUAAACCUGGCAGGAGAAUCCUUUCGACCCCCCACCCCCGACCCCCUCUCUCCCGCCCCCCGCAUUUCAAAGCGCGGAAGUUCAGACGUGUAUCUCCCCUUCUCUCGCGGGGUGGCACCGGGGAGACGAGGAGGGAGGAAGUGGGGCCACUGGGGUGGAUUUAGAGCAGGACCCCAGAGGCCCGGAGGGAUUCACGUGAAAGGUUCUGUCUCCAAGGCACCAGGAACAGUGGCUUUAACUCCAGUAACUGGCCGAGCAGAAAGGGACCCUCUGCCCACAUCCCGCCCGCGCGCCCGCCCGCCCGGGAGAGCCGCCGCCGCCGCCGCCGCCGCCGCCGCUCGGCUCCGAGGGAUCCCGCCGGACCUGCCCCUUCCACUGCGGCUCACUCUGCCCUGCCUGGCGCCAGUCCUGGAUCGCCGGUUUCCUAUUUAUACCACACUGGGCUCCUCUCGACUCACUUUACCAUCCUGUUCCAGGUGGACCCUAACCUCCCUCGAGCUCCCUCCCUCGGCAGGACCCCCUCCCCCACCGGCCCCCAAAGAUCUGGGUUUCCUGAAACAUCUCCCAGAGUCUCUCCCUUUAAGUGGACCCGGUCAUACCUCUCUCUCGCUUUCCCCGCUUCGUUGUCUCGCUCCCCCCCCCCCCAUCUUUUCCUGUUCCCCUUCCUUCUUGUUCUCCUCCUUUGCCUUUCCCCCUCAUCUGCUUAUUUCUUGCAAUAGGAGUUUUAUUCUUUAUGAGCGUUUGCCAGGCAACUAACCGCCCCCCCCCCAAGACUCCCUCCCCAUCCCUUCCCCCGCCAACAACCCAAAAGACAGAACAAAAUACACGCAAGGCAGACACAAGGCCAGAAACUUACCUGCUUUCAACCAGCUGCAAAGUCAAGGCUCACUUAAGCUCCCCCCCAAAAAUCAAUUGUCCUUCCUUUUUAAAGGUUUGCUCUCUCCUUGGGAGGGGGAAAACACCUUCUGGUUCCCAACUCCAGGCAGUCACUCUUUACAAUUUAUUUUGUCGUACAUCAUUUGAUCACCAUGAAUUAGCAACAGCAAGAAAAUGUAGGAGAGGGAGAAAAGAGAGAAAGAGAGAGGGAGAGAGAGGGAGAGAGAGGGAGAGAGAGAGAGGGAGCAGAGCUUUCUGCAAGAGAAGAAGAAGAAAAAAUGUACGUGUGACAAAUUAUGCUACCAAGAAACAACACAUCAUUAUCCUUGGGCCUGGGGCUCAGUGAGUCGUAACGAGAGUAAUAGGAAAUCCACGGUUGGGGAGAGAAACGGUCGUGCUUGGCCAGUAGAGAGAGACCAUACAGGGGGAUGGAUGCUGGAGAGACUCGCAAAAUUAUGGCUCAAGGCUAUUGUAAAAAUUGUCGAGCGUAAAUGACUGCGAUUUCCAACAUCUUUGGAAGAAAGAAGGGGAAAAAGCGAGCCCCCCCUCCCUCCCUCUCCCUCUCUCUCCCUCUCUCUUCUCUCUCUCUAUAAAGAACCGUCAAGUUUUAGUGCGCAUUGCUAAUUAGUCAAUUUCUCUCUGCCUUCACAGGCUGGCGACUUCGCUGCUGAGCUGAAACUGCUAAUUUCUGUGACCAGCUUUUUUCUUAGCUGUGAUCUGGAUGAAUGAGUAGCUGUCUCACAGAGAUGACAAAAAUAAACUCUAAUCCCCCCCCAAAUUUCCACUACAUCUUUCUCAUGCAUAGAUUUAUGAUCUGCAAGCGCUCUGUGCAAUAUGCAAACUUUUUGUGUGUGUCUGUAUAUAUGCUGUUGUUUCCAGAUUUCACUACAUUGGUAUGCUGCUUCCUCCCCCCACACCAUGAAAUGCAGAAAACGCCUGAUCUCAAAGUAUGCCAAGAUGCCACUUUCUAGUGUCUUGGUAUUUGGGGUUUGAGUCUAAUUUGGAAGACACUAGCCCUUGCCUAAAAGGUGAGUGGCUGAGUGUACAAACUGGGGGUGGGGGAAUUAGAGCUGGUAGAGGGAACAGAGGACAGCCCUUUGCUUUACAUCUGUUUCCCUGCACUAUUCAAGCCUUGUGAUCUUGUUGGAAAAUAUAUUUUCCCUAUCAUUUUGUCUGGUUAAACAACCAUCUCCAAACUCCUAUGUCAGCUCUUCAACAGAUACGGGUUCAGAAGUCAUAUUUUUAUUUAAUUGAAAGAUGAUCAUAUUGUCAGCUUUGUCUUUCAAUUAAGAGUCUUUGAUUUGCAGGAGCUAGAAUCAAGUGAUAGGAAAUCCAGCUGCAAUUUCACAAAUGUCACCUUUAAACUUUGGACUUCAUCUGAUAUAUAAGGAUGACCACAUAAAGCUCACGUUUUUGACCCUGCUUAGCAUGCAAAAUGAACCCCCAAACGAUUCUGGAAUUUUCACUGUACCAAAGAUUCAUGUGCAUUUUGGUAGAGGACAUGUUCUCUGGACUUAUCUCAUGAUGUAUUGCGCCCUUACAUUUAUAGCCCUACAUUUCGGUUGUCAAUGGGGGUUGGAGGUGUCCAAGAAAGAAAGAAAGAAAAAAAGCAAAAAAAGGAAGACAUGCCCUUGAAUAAAAUGAACAUGAAAGAAAGCUG